UGUGCGUCGGAGAGAGAAGGUUAGAAAGGCUCGAGCCCUCCUAUCUAACUCCAAAGAUUUAUCAAAGCUUUGAUCUUCGAAUUAAAGUGAUUUAUAGUUUAGUUCGUUCGGAUUCAGAGAUUUUCGUUGAUCAUCGGACCUCUGAUUUUUGAUUGUAAAUAUCAACAUCCACGGGUUUUAGGGUUUAGCUUUUGUUCCAAUCUAUCAUCAGUAGGUUUCUAACUUUCUGUUAGCCAUUGGUGAGAGAAAGAAGCAUUGUUCUAGUUUGCAACUUGUGAAUAGAUGUAAUUAGAGUUAUGAGAUUCUCUUUUGUGCCCUUUGCUGGUGGUCACUCUGUGUGUUGUAAACUUGAGCAUAUAGGAUUGCUUUGUUUGAGAGGGCAAAAUGCAGUCUAAUUAUGUGUCGAGACUGGGUGGUGCAUUUAGACAGGGAAUCCAGAGAUCGCUUGUUGGGGAAGGGAGAGGACUUCAAUACUCGGUGGAUGGUCUGAUUGGCCAGGGGAAAUUGUUGUUCGGAAAAUCUAGGUUGCUCCAGUCUGUUCCAUUAGAUGAUCUGCAUGUAUUUUUGCGACCUGGAACGCUUGCUACAGCUCAGUCAAAUUUGCAUCUAGCAGAUCGAAAAAAGAAUCUUUUUGUUGUUGCAGCUGUUUCUCGGACUUUUUCUAUUCCAUCUGUUUCAGGGCCUUCUUUUCAGGUUUGUGGCUAUCACGUAGAUUGCCUGCUAUCAGAGCCUAAUCACUCUUUGGGAAUUGGCUCUCAGAAGUCACUUAUGGCUGUUUGUGGUUCUCGAGCUACUCUUUCCGACUCUUCAUUAAGUUGUUUAACUUCCAGGCAUGGACACCUCAGAGUUUCGACAAAUACCUCUGUUACUUGCUGUAAAUAUAAUUUUUUUGACAGUUGCAGCAAAGCCAGAAUGAGUCUAAGUAAUAAGGAACAACCCAACAAUUUUUUGGUCUAUGGAUAUUUCAUAUAUAAUGUCGCAAAGAGCAGAAGAUGGUCCAAUCCUUACCUUGGGUUUGGAUUUAAGGGUUUACCUAUCUCAUCACCUGCAUAUUUUUCUGCUGGGACUGCUCGUGAUGUGUCCUUCGACAAUUCUGCACGUGAGGAACAGACUGCAAGUUCUGCUGAUUCUUCUGACCAGAAGAUCCUAGCGGAUAGAACUCUGAAGCUACAUUCAGGAUCAUGUUACCUUCCCCAUCCUGACAAAGAAGAAACGGGUGGGGAGGAUGCCCACUUUAUAUGUGCGGAUGAGCAAGCCAUUGGUGUUGCCGAUGGCGUGGGUGGCUGGGCUGAUCUUGGUGUUAAUGCAGGGAUAUAUGCAAGAGAACUCAUGUCUAAUUCUGUAACUGCAAUUCAAGAAGAGCCUAAAGGUUCCAUUGAUCCUGCUAGGGUCCUGGAGAAAUCUCACUCAAUCACAAAAGCCAAAGGGUCAUCAACUGCUUGCAUCAUAGCACUCACGGGUCAGGGUCUCCAUGCCAUUAAUUUGGGGGAUAGUGGUUUUAUGGUUGUAAGAGAUGGAUGCACCAUAUUCCGAUCUCCUGUACAACAGCAUGAUUUCAAUUUCACUUUUCAAUUGGAGAGUGGUGAUGGUGGUGAUUUGCCAAGCUCUGGUCAGGUGUUUACAAUUCCUGUUGCUCCCGGAGAUGUAGUUAUUGCUGGCACUGAUGGACUUUUUGACAAUUUGUAUAACAAUGAUAUUACUGCGGUGGUGGUACACGCCGUGAGAGCUGGCUUAGAGCCUCAGGUGACUGCUCAGAAGAUUGCAGCUUUGGCACGGCAACGAGCACAGGAUAAGAACCGGCAGACACCUUUCUCUGCUGCAGCCCAAGAUGCUGGUUUCCGUUAUUAUGGUGGGAAGCUUGACGACACUACAGUUGUUGUUUCCUAUAUUACCAGUGCCGAUAAAGAAAACUCUUCAGCAUACAGCUCCGAUUAAAACUCUGAUUCCACCUCAUCACUGUUUUACCACUAAACAGUUGGAACACAAAUCAUGCAGAUUGCUCGGUAUCUUCUGUGGCAUUUGAAGGUUCAUGCAGCAGAACUCAAUGUUGGCCUUCUUUGUCUAUCGUUUGUCAAUGAUAAAUGACCUGUCAAGUCAUUGCUACUGUGACCUUUAGCUUUAAACAUAUUCAGUGGCCUUUUUGCUUAGAGAUUCUGUGGGGGAUGGGAGAACAUUUUCAUCUGCAUAUUGGAACGAGUGUCUAAACAAUGCGUCAAGAAAUAGAGAGAGAAUAGAACGCAUUUGCUUGUCAUUUUGGUGUUUCCUGUUUUAGCAAACUUAGCUGGGUCGAUAUUUGAGGUUGUAAAAGUAGCACGUUGUAAAUUACAGAAUCAAUCGAGUUAUUUGGCAAGCUUCUCUCUUCUUUACAACCCCAUCCCCCAGGCAGGGGUGGCAGUGGCUCCCUCCCUUCGUUCCCCUUACCCUUCUUGUUGGUGUUCGUUUGUCAUUAGUUAUUCUUUUAAGAUUUCCUUAGUGCUAAAGAAAUUGAUCCAUUACAGUUUUUUUUUUCUCCUAGUUUCAAAGCACACCCAUGUAGAGGGAUCUUUUCUAUACUCUGAAGCGCGCUGCAUCUCCAGUCUAAGUGUGAUGAAGAUAAUGAUUUGGAUCUUUGAACCAAUACCAAACAAAUGGUGCUCAUGAACUACAUGGAUGAUGCUUUUAGUGAGGAAGUGUGAAACAAUUUCUGUUUCUUUGAUUGCAGGUUUCUUCUUCUCCUUAUUAACGUGGUAUUACCGUUAUAUUUAAUAUUUUCUCCUCUUAUAGGUGUCGGCUUUGAUGGAUGGUAAACCAUAAGAGCAUCUCCAACAGAUAUUUUAAAUGCCCAAAAUAGACAAAUUUUAGCUAACCAAAGCCAAAAAUAGCACUCUAACAAAUUAUAUUCCUAUGUUGUAAAAUAGAUUUUUCUUACAUUGAUGCUCUAAAUAUAAAAUAUUAUUGUAACAAUAUGUAAAUAUAAUAUAUAUUAUUUUCUCUCUUUUCCUCUUGUUCCUUCCAUUCUCUCUCUUUCCCCUUUUCACUAUUUUCAAAAAAUAUAAUACAAAAGGGAUGAUAAAUAAUAUUUAAAAAGAGUAGUUAAAAAUAUAGAAAAUCUGUUGGAGUGUGUAUUAAAAAAAUGAGUAGCUAAAAUAAAAAAAAAUUAUUUUUUGAGUAGCUAAAAUA